AUGGCACCCACACUCUUUGCCAUCUAUUUUUCAGUUGUUAUGAGAGAUGCCUUGAAGUACUGUCAUGAUCAGAUACAACUUAAUGUUCGUACUGAUAAGGGCGUUUUCGAUAUUUCAAGGUUCAGGGCAAAAUCUAAACUGACUAAGAUCUCCAUCCUCGAAAUACUCUACGCUGACGAUGUGUGUCUUAUGUCUGACAAUCUGACAUAUUUGCAAAAAUACGUCGAUGCACUUCAUCAAUCCUGCCAAAGGUUUGGUUUAGUCAUAAGCAUCGCUAAGACACAAAUCCUCAAGCAACCGUCACGUGGACACGAAUUGGAUAAUGAUACUAUAAAGAUAGAUGGUAAGCCACUAGAGGAAGUAACCCAUUUUAAAUACCUAGGAAGCAAUAUCAGACAUGAUAACACCCUAGCUUCUGAGAUACCACUACGCAUCGCAAACUCCGCUGCAACUUUUGGACGACUGAGUGAUCGUGUUUGGAGAUCCCAUGACAUAAAGCUGCAAACUAAAAUUGACGUGUACAAGGCACUAGUAAUGCCUGUGCUUAUGUACGGCGCAGAAACUUGGUGCCUGUACAAGUCAGAUAUUAAAAAACUCGACACAUUCCAUCUCAGGUGUCUGAGGUCCAUCCUUAGAAUUAAGUGGCAGGAUCGCAUUCCCAACACGGAGGUGCUCCGACGGUCCAAUAUGUAUGGAAUGGAGGCGUUGCUAAUGCAGCGACAACUCAGGUGGUGUGGACACGUCCUUCGAAUGGACAACCACCGUCUACCUAAAGCGGUCUUUUACUCAGAGAUGGCUGAAGGUAAACGGAAGCGAGGAGGACAAUAUCUACGCUACAAGGACGUGUUCAAAAGACAUCUGAAGGCUUGCGGUAUUGACCCUAAUGAUUGGGAGAGGCUUGCUUCAAAUAGGUCAUCUUGGCGCAAAAACAUCUACCAAAAUGUCAAGCUAUUCGAAGCAAAAAGACUCGAGGCUUUAGACGAAAAGCGCCAAUUACAAAAAGAGAGACCUAAGCCUUCGUACACCUACACUCUCAAUGCUGCGGGUCAGUUGUACUGCAGCGCUUGCGACCGAGUCUUCAAAUCAAAGCUCGGUUUAGCCAGUCACAUCAGGGCUCACGCUAGGAGGUGA